GCGACACAGCGCCGCAGCACGGCCCCGCGGCCGGACACGGCCCUUGUCGCUCCCCGUCGCUCUCAGCCCACGGCGGAACCGCUGCCGCUCCGCCCUUCCGCUUCCCGGCGGGUCAGAGUUCUCCCAAUGGCUUCUUUUGGCUGGAAGAGAAAGAUCGGCGAGAAGGUCUCGAGAGCCACUUCGCAGCAGUUCGAAGCGGAGGCGGCGGAGGAGAAGGGUCCGGGUGGUGAUGAAGAUGAGGACUGGGUGAACGCCGCCAAGAGGAGGAAGGAAGUUAUCGAGGACUGCGUAAAGAAGAGCAAACAGCUGAAGGAUGAGGGGGCAAGUUUGGCUGAAAAUAGGAGGUAUCGGGAGGCUAUUCAAAAGUGGGAUGAAGCGCUUCAGUUAACUCCAGAGGAUGCCACGCUUUAUGAGAUGAAAUCACAGGUCCUGAUGUCUUUACAUGAAAUGUUCCCAGCAGUGCAUGCAGCAGAAAUGGCUGUUCAGAGGAACCCACGUUCCUGGGAUGCCUGGCAGACUUUGGGACGUGCCCAGCUUGGAUUAGGAGAGAUAGUGCUGGCAAUCCGAAGUUUCCAGAUAUCCUUACACAUCUUUCCAAUGAACCCUGAAGUAUGGAAGGAGGACCUUUCUUGGGCGAGAAAACUACAUGAACAGCAGAAGGCAACAAAGACUGAGGCAGAACAAUCACAGGCCAAAGGAAAAGAGAUUGCUCAAGCAUCAAUCCCAGACUAUGACUUUGAAAGUGAUGAAAUUGUGGCAGUCUGUGCUGCCAUUGCAGAGAAGGAGAAAGCUCUUUCAGAAGCUAAAACUGUUGUGAUUGUGUCCGCUUCAGGCACAGUAGAGACUGUUACUGAGAAAGAGAAUUGCACUUCAACUCCUGAUGAAUCCAUUUUUAUCAGAGCCCGAUAGGGCAGCCCUGUGGAUUGUUGAUGCUGCUUCAAAUGUCAUUUAUCACACAGGGUUUUGUUUUUUUAAGCAGUAGGGGAGCCUGCAGAAAUAAAAGAUUGAAAUUAUUUUUCUUUUUUAAAGUGAAAAAAAAAUAUAAAAAAUGACGUGAGCUGUUUUCCAAGAGGAAAUCCAAGAUUUUAUUUAGGAAAUGUAAUGUUAAAAUCCUUGCCUGCAUUCUCACAUUGAUUUUACUGUAUUUUGUAAUUUUACAGAUUAAUGUCUUCAUUUGCCGACUAAUUAAUGAACUGUUAUUUAAAAUGCAAAAGAAAAAGGGAUUUCAAAGUAUGUAUUUCAGUCCUUAAUCGUUAGCAUUAUUUAUCUUCCAUCUGUGGUGAACUGUUCUCUGUUAUCAGAAGCUUCUAUUUUCAUUAGGAUUAAUUUUCCUAUGGGAAACUUUUCUGUGAAGCAGAGAUGGACUUUUAUGUUGUGUUUGUUGUGUCUGUGAUAGACCAGAGAUCUGAUCUGUAGUCAGACAAACUUGGUAAAACCUUCCAUGCUACUUUCAAAGGUGAAUGGGUAAAUACGUUAGAUGAAACGCAGUGCUAUACUAAACAAGCACCUGAAUGCUUAAUUGUUAUUAGAUGUUUCAUUAGAAGAGUGAACAUUCAGCUGAGACUGAAACUCGUCUUUUCUUAAGUACUAUACUGCAACUACCACUGCAAGUAAAACGUUGGGAUUUGGAAAUAGAUAUUUCUGCAGGAUGCUGUAUCUUAUGUAGCCUUUCCUUUCUAAGUAAGGCUAAUCUUAUAAAGGGGAUCAAUUUUCUUUUUACAGUUCUUGCAACCUGCCCAUGAAAUUACAGUCUCAGUGAACUGGUUGUUCAGGGCAGCAUUGCCUGAGUCUCCGUUUUUAUUCUUUUUGGAUUUUAGAUGCUGUGCUGUAUAUUCGCAACUGUGAGAAACAUAGGAGAUGUGCUUGCUUGGUCUUCAUCUUUGUUUAGGGGAAUAUGGUCACUGGUUACUUGUAUGAACCAUCUAGAGAAACAAAUUCGGGCAGUUUCUCUGAUGGCUUUUUGCUAAGACUACCCUCUUUUUGUUGUCAGAAGAGACGGGAUAGAGAUGAUAGCCUCCAGGCUGAACUGGAUAACAGCCUACUGAAGAAUUCUCAAAAUUUCAGGGUUGGGAACAUGUUUCCACUUAACUUUUGUAAUAUUUUGAAAGCGAAAAAAAAACCCAACAAAACAAAACAAACAAAAAACCAAACACAACGGCAACAAAAAAACCUUAAAAUAAUAGCAAAACCUUCUGAAAUCUCUACAUCUUUAAUACUUGAUUCCUAUUAAAAAAAAAACCAAAACAUUUCAUAGAAAAUAAUAUUAUUUUUGCUCAAGAAGCAUGGUGAGUUUUGCAGUAGAAUGUUUGUUGUAGACACAUCACUCAACUGAGAACAUAGUUCAAUUGAAUAUUGCUAAUUCUUAAGAGGACAGUUAGGGUUUUUUUCUGUUUUUUUUNUUUUUUUUUUUUGCAGAAAUUAAUUAUCCCUUUAAAAGACUUAAUUUCCAUGUUCUGGCUAAGCUUUUUUUUUUUUUUUUUCCCCAAAUACAUGGAUUUUUUUUUACAUCUAUGUGCAUGCACACAAAUAAUGAGCAUUUUUUCACAUUUAAAUAUCCAGAAUAAGUAUGACUACAGUGACUAUUAUGAGGAUGUAAAGCUUCACCAUGCGCUAUUUUUGUUUAUUCAGUUCUGAAAUGGAUUCUUAAAUGCUUGUUCAAUACGUAUCUGAUUCUUGUUUGAAAGGCUCUGUUGUAAAGCUUUGUCUUGGGUUUGAUUUUGUUUGUUUGUUUGUAACAAAUAAUGCAAUCUGUUCAGCAAUAGGAGGUAUUAGAAGAGUUCGACAACUAUCUUCAAAGAAGAGACGUCCUCUGAUUGGAAAAGGAAGUGUGCAGAAACACUGUAAGACAUUUUCUGUUUUCCAUUUUGAAGUAGUUUGGCUGUAAUCAAAUAAAUCUUUCCUUUAUUUGCCUUUUAUAAUUGUAUCAGUGUUGCGCAUUUACUCAUAUGGGAAAGACUCCCUUCUUCCUUGCAGAGGUCAUUGUUAUCACUGUUUCUGCUUCCACUGAAAUGAUUUGCAAAAUUACUGUUGACUUCAGUGCUGUUGGUCAAAGUUAUGGCAGUGCACAUCUAUACCAUCAGGCUCGACAGUUGCAUUGGGCUGGAGGUGGUGUUGCUCCCAUUCCCAGUACUAGGUGUGUUUUUUAUUCUGGUGUUAAUAGGUUAUAAAUUCUAGUUAUUAUAUUGUCAGUAAUAUCUUGAAACAAAUAGCAGAUAAGUUAUUGUGAAUGUGUUACACUUGGGGAGGAAGCUUCACUACUGAUGUUGCAGCCUCUCUCUCUUUUUGUACAGCAUGCCAUGUUUUGCAUGUACGAGAUUUUCUGGGUCUAUUUGAAUAAAAUAAUGACUUCUCUGCUGUGCA